AUGUAUUCCAUUAUUAAGAUACUUGUUUUUUUAUUUUUUAUAAUAACUGAUCAAUUAUCAGCUACUACUAAACAAGAUGCACUUGGACAAAAUUUAAUUGUUCUUUUAAUUGAUGGAUAUGGAAAUAAUUUGUUUAACAAAACAAAUUCAAAACUUUCAUUAGGAAUACAAAGUUUAUUAGAAAAUGGUGUUCAAACUGAUUAUUUAAAACCAAUUUUUCCAACAUGGUCAUAUCCAACAUGGACAUCAUUAUCAACUGGAUUAUAUCCUGAAAAUCAUCAUAUGUCAAGUGAUUUUAUGUAUGAUGAAGAAAAUGAAAUGCUUUUUCAAAGAGAUGAAGGUGAAAAUGAUACAGAUUAUAGAUGGUUUAUUGAUGAACCUGAUCCAAUUUGGUAUACUGCUGGAAAGGCAAAUGUUAAUGUACAUUGUUAUUGGUUUUCUACAUGUCAUAGAGCUCAUGGUGAUCAAAUAGUAAGAGUUGAUAAAAAACGUCGCCAUAAUUUUAGAAAUAAAAAUGAUACAAAUCUUCUUUCUGAAAUUCCAUCAUUAAUGCGUCAUAUUAAAAAAUUCCAACCCUAUCGUCAACAGUUAGCACUUAUGAGAUUUAAUGGUGUUGCUAAUGCUUUACAAAAUUAUGGAGAAAAUAGUCAUGAAUUUAAUCAGGCAUUAUCUGCUGCAGAUGUAACAAUAAGAAAAAUUCAAGAAGAACUUGAAGCAAAAAAUUUGUUUGAAACAACAAAUUUUAUUGUAUUAUCUGGACAUGGUUAUAUGCCUUUUGAUGAAGAAGAACAAUUUUAUUUGGAUGAAUGUUUAGAAGAUUUUUCAAGAGUUAAAAGAGUUGUUAAUUCAUUAUCUAUGAUGCUUGUUUAUCCUCAUGAAGGUGAGGAAGAUACAGUAUUUUUUGAAUUAAAAGUAUGUGAUCAAUGGGCACCAAUGGGUGAUUAUGAAGGAGAUGAACAACCAUUAGUUCGUGUUUAUAGGCAUAAUGAAGUUCCUGAAAGAUAUCAUUGGAAACAUGGAAAACACAUGGCACCAAUUGUUAUAAUAACUAAACCUGGAACAAUUUUAUUAACAAGACAAAUACCAUCUACUGAUGUUUCAGAAGCAUUAGGACGUGAAGUUAAAGAAAUCUCUGGUUGGGAUAAUGAAUCACCUGAUAUGUUAGGAAUAUUUAUGGCUAGAGGUCCAGCAUUUAAAUCUAAUUAUAAGACUGGUCCAAUUGAUCUUGUUGAUGUUUAUCCACUUAUGUUGGGAGUUCUUGGACUUCAAGCACCUCAUCCAAAUAAUGGAUCAUGGGAUAAUGUUGUUGAUAUGAUUUCAGAUGACUGGGAAAAUAAAGGAUCACGUAACCCAAAUUAUAAUUCAUCAUCAUCCUCGAUAGUAUUUUCAUAUAUAACCCUUUCCUUAAUUUGUCUCUUCAAAUUAAUUAUCAAUGAUAAUUAA